CCGAGCGCGUCGUCCCCCGCUCCGCCCGCUCCACUUUGUCACCACUGGGCACACACCGCGGGGGGACACGCGCUUCCUGACCCGGCAUGGCCAGCCCGCGGACUUCCCCGCGGGGCGGCCCGGGCCCGGGGGCGGGCGGCGCCGGGUGCCGCCGCCUGGCAUGACCGCCCCGCGCUGCGCACCGCCCCCGACACGCCAUGGACGUCCUGUGCGCGGAGGGCGCGGCCGCCGGCAACGGCAGCGGUACGGGCGAGCCGCCCUGGCUGCGGUCGCCCUGCCACGGCCACGUCCUCAACGCCAUCUUCGCGCUCACCACCACCUACCUGAGCCUGCUGCUGCUGAUGUGCCUGCGCUGCUCGGGGCGCGACGACCGCGACGGCGGCCAGGGCGUCGCGAGGCGUGCGGGCGCCGCCACGGCCAGGCCUCUGCUCUCGCUCGCGCUGCUGGCGUGCUUGUGUGGCGAGCUGGCCGAGGCCGUCCUCGCCCUGGUGAGGCACGGCCCCGCCCGCACGGCCGGCCCGCUGGUGGCCGCCGCCUGCUCCGUGGCCUCGUGGCUGCCCGCCGAGCUCCUCGACGCGCACCUCAUCGGCGGCACCGGUGUCUACGGGACGCUGCGCCUGCUGCCCGUCGCUUGCGAAGCCCUCAUGUCCGCGGCAAGGUUCCUCAGCGUGGUACAAAUGCGGCUGUGGGACGCCGCGACCUUCGACCUCGCCCGCCCCACCCUCAGCCUGGCUGCCGCCCUCCUCUACCUCGCCGUGGCCGUGGUCGACCUGGGCGUGCUGAAGGGCCGGCGGCGGCCGGAAGGCCCCGGCGACCACGCUCACUACUCGUGCUACCGCUACAAGGAGGCCGGCCUCUACUCAAAGGCCACCUUCUCCUGGCUCACACCCCUGCUCCGCCUUGGCAACAGCAGCCCGCUCGAACUUGAGGAUCUGGGCAGGAUCCCUGCCUCCGAGAGCACAGCGCUUCACCACGAGAAGUUUCAGGACAUCUACAACUCCCUCAAGAGCAGGGCGAGCGGCGUGGUGCCCCUGUGGAGGUGCUUCCUGCUCUUCUCCUGGCGGAUGCUGGCGCUAAGCGGGGUCUUCAAGCUGUCCGGGGACAUGGUCGGGCUCAUGGGUCCCAUGGGGAUUUCUGUCAUCGUUCUGUACGUGCAAGGCGUGGGCAAAGACGAGACGCGCCUACGAGAGACGGCGCUGUUCUAUGUAUCUAUUUCUGAAUUUUUCAGUAACGGUUACGUGAUGGGAAUGCUGGUAUUUAUUUCGGCUUUGGCACAAGGAACUUUUUCUCAGAGUAGCACCCAUCUGAUAAAUGUUGAAGGGAUUCGCAUAAAAGCAGCCCUCCAGGCCAUGAUUUAUGACAAAUCGUUAAAGCUGCCACUGUGGAGUUUCUCGGAGGGUGACAUUUCGGAAGAAACACAAAGUGACAAGUUGAGCCAAACGCACCUGCCAAAAUGCGAGAAUAAGACUCAGAGCAAGAAGGAGAGCGAGCUGGGGGGCUCCGGCCAGGGCACCACCUCGCACACCGACUUUGGAACAAUCACGAACCUCAUGUCUGAAGACACCUACAAUGUCAUGUCUUUCAUUUGGAUUUGCCAUUAUGUUUGGGCGAUCCCGGUUAAGAUUGGUGUCCUGAUGUUCCUGCUGCAUUAUCAGCUGGGGGUGAGCGCUCUCAUCGGCGCCGUGCUCUGUGUGGCCCUGAUGACACCCCUGCAGUUCGCCAUUGGCAAGAAAAUGUCCGCCAACUCGAAGUCCAUAUCAGAGGCGAACGAUGAGCGGCUACGGCGGAUCAACGAGGUCCUCCACGGCAUCAAGGUGAUCAAGCUGUCCGGCUGGGAGGAGCAGUACGAGAGCAGGGUCCAGCUCGCCAGGAACACGGAGCUGCGCCUGCUCAACGUGGACUCCCUGCACUGGGCCGUCAUGACUUUUCUCACACACGCGUCGUCCGCCAUCGUGACCCUGGUCACCUUCGGCGUGUACAUGAUGGUGGAGAAGGCCCCCCUCCCCACGGCCAGCGUGUUCGCCAGCCUCGCCCUCUUCAACCAGCUCACCGUGCCCCUCUUCAUCUUCCCCAUCACCGUCCCCAUCAUCAUAAGUGCCAUGAUCAGCACGCGCCGACUGCAGGCCUUCUUUUCCAAGCCCGAGACAACCAACGUGCUGGAGCCGUACCAGGGCGGGGGGCAGGCGGGUGACCCCGGUGUCCCGCCGCCGUGCUGCCGCGCGCGCACCCCGGACCUGGAGGGCGACGCUGAGCAGGCAGGCCCGCCGCCGCCGGCCGGGCAGCCACCGGGCGACACGACCGGCGAGAGCCCCGGCGAGAACCACGACGCCGCGCCGGCCGCCCUGCCGGCCGUGGGCAGGGGCAGCGUCGUCUCCAUCAGCGACGGCAACUUCUCGUGGAGCUCCGGACACGUGCUCAACUUCAACGACGUCGCCGUCCCGAAAGGCGGCGUGACCCUGGUGGUCGGCGCCAUCGGCAGCGGCAAGACGUCCCUGCUGCUCGCCCUGCUGGGCGAGAUGAGCUCCUCUGACGGCCGAUACCCCGUGCGCUGGAGCCAGGACUCCUCCGUCGCCUACUGCUCGCAGAAGCCGUGGCUGCUCAACGCCAACGUGCGCGAGAACGUGCUGUUCGGGCUGCCGCUGCGGCGCCGGCGCUACGCCGAGGUGAUCGCGGCCUGCGCCCUGCAGCCCGACCUGGACAUCCUGCCCGCGCACGACCUGACGGACAUCGGGGAGAGGGGCAUCAACCUGUCGGGCGGGCAGAAGCACCGCGUCGCAAUCGCCCGGGCGCUGUACUCGGACGCCACCACGGUCCUCAUGGACGACCCGCUGUCGGCGCUCGACUACCAGGUGGGGCAGCACCUCGUGGAGGAGGGCUUCCAGAAGCUGCUGUUGCAGCGCGGCCGGACGCUCAUCCUCGCCACGCACUGCCUCUCCCUGCUGGGCCAAGCGGAUUGGAUCAUCGUGAUGGAGCGCGGGCGGGUGUCGGUGCAAGGCAGCCUCGGCAAGGUGCAGGCGGAGCGCCCCGACCUGGCGCAGUCGUGGCAGCAGGACCUGCAGCAGGAGCCGCAGCAGGAGCCGCAGCAGGAGCGGAGCGCGGCGGCGCCGGCCCGGCCGCAGGACGCGGCGGCCUCCAGCCUGGCCUCCAGCCUGGCCUCCAGCCUAGCGCGCGGGGACCGCACGGCCCGCGAGCGCUGGCAGCUGGUGCGGCUUGUGUCGCGCAUCGGCCUGCAGCAGCGCGCCGAGGACCACGCCCACCACGCGCCGCGACACUUCCGACGCUUCAGCCGUCGCCAGUCGCGCUCCCUGUACCGGGCGACGCACUGCGCCACGCACGCCUUCCCGCUGCCGGUCCACGAGUACCAGCAGCAGGGCCUCCUCCACCACCCGGACGGCGUGGGCGGCGGCGGGCCCGAGGACGGCGCGGCGUGGACGCGGCCGCUGCGCCGCACCCGGAGCACCAUCGCGUCGGCGCCGGAUGUGUGGCGCCGCAAGGUGACGCGCGUCGCCUCGCUGCAGCCCCACGACACGGCGCGCAGGCCCUGGCCGCGGCGCCAGCAGGCGUGGUCCGAGGGGGCCGAUGACGGCAAGGGCGUGGUCAUGGUGUCCAACUUCGCCAACAAUAACAAUAUCGUGGUCCCCGUCGAUGAGGUGCUGAGUCACUCACGGAGGGGGUCGAGUGCCACGGAAGACCCCACAUUCCCACAGAGCUUCUCUUUCCUGCCGGAAGUGGAUGGCGAGGAUAGCGUUAUUGCGGAGUCGGGUACGAUUUUGUUGACUUUCUUCACAUAACCCUUUUCUCAAGACUUUUUGGUGGCGCUCGAUAGCAGCACUUUUCCCAUGAGCAGAUCGUUUCUUCGACCCUUUUUUGUCCGAUCUCGGCAAAAUGGUGGUACCUCAAAAAUAAUAGUAAAAAUUACCCACUCAUUUCCAAAGUAAGCUGAGUGUGUUUUCACGGUCGUAAGGCAAGCAAAGAAUGCGCGUCUCGCUACAACAAUUUUUCGGGUCAGCGAAAUGUAUCAUUAAAACAGGGGUGGGAUAAAGAAAGUACUCCCACAUUUUUAAUUUUAAUUUUUGUUCGGGUAGACGCGAGGGGCGUGAGCAUUUACGAGGCCAAACUGGCUUAUGUCUAAAGUCGGGUCGAUGCUGCCUGUGGCCGUGGCCGUCUCAACUCCCAUUUAUUUAUUUUUUGUCGCCUUUUGUCCCCCGCACCGGGUGAUUCAGAGAAGACGCAGGUGUGGGCGGGUUUGCCUACUCGCUGAGCCCGCAACCCGCUGGCGCAAUGGCCCCCUAGGAAGACAAACCAGCUCGCUCUUGUGUCUUCGCUGGAUCACUCAGUACGGCAGGAGGGCAGGACCGAGUUCUGAACUAUGGAGAGAUAGGAGGCGAUGGCAGCGGAGCGGUCAGCAUAAUAGGGUAUGGCCCCUUGUCUCAAACGGCCAAGGGAUCGACUACCACGGCCGCCACAAACUUUUUCUUUCCCAUGUUUCUUGUCUGCAUGCUACUGCGUGAACCAUCUCAAACUGUCGGCCCGAAGAUCGACUCCCGGUCGGGGCAACCUUUUUUUUUUUUUUUUUUUUACGCUUCUUGUCGCCUGUAAGAAAGGACCGACUUUCGAACUCAGCUAAACACGGCGCAGCUGGUAGCUGAGCGUGGUAAGGCGUGGGCACCGCUCUCAACAAUCAGCUUUGGGAUCGACUCCUACCCGAGGCACACCCUUUUUUUUGUCGCUUCUUGUCUCCCGUAAAACAGGACUGAGUUCUGAACUCAUCACCGACAGGAGGACCCGACAGCCGAGUGGCGAGCGAGCCGACGAGUCAUCCCUUCGACACCAUCGGGCCCGGUAUCAAAUCCUAGUCGGCGCGAGUACUUUUGGGGGA